CAUCUUGCUCUUACUCCGAGCCCAGGAAGCCUUUGAUUCUCCCCUUUCCUUACCUCUCACAUCCACCAAACACCAGGAUUCACUGCCCAGUGUCCAUGAUUACCUGACCAUACUCCUCGUGUCUCCCCUGCUGCGGCCUCCUGACUUCUCCCUCCUCCCACCCUUGUCCCUCCAUAGUCCUCACUGCUGCUGGGGAGACUGUUAGAUCUCAGAUCCCCUCCACUCUUUCAACAGCACCCUGUUUCACUCCUAAAUAGUCCUGCCCUAUCACACUCUGCCACGUCUUGACCUUGACUGUUGCCCCACCCCUUGGCUUUCUAAACUUCAGCAAAACUGGCCUGCUUUCUAUUGUGUAAACAUGUCAAGCUCUUCCUAUCUUAGCACUUUUGCAUUUGCUGUGGCCUCUGUCCCAAAUACCAAUCUUCUCAGCGCUGAAAAUGUCCCAGCUGAAGUGUUGCCAGUUCAGAGGGGCUCCCUUGGCCACCUACUUAAAGCAGCAUGCCCAUCUCUGGGGCUCUGUCUCAUUGCACUGCUUUUUUUUUUUUUUUUGGUUUUUCUCCGGUACCGGGAACCGAACUCAUGACCUUGCACUUGCCAGGCAGGCGCGUUGCCGCUGAGCUAAAUCCCCAGCCCCUUGCACUGCUUUAUUUUUGCUAUAACCUGUAUAACUUCCUGGGAUUCUUCUUUAGGUCUAUGUUUACUGCUCUGUCCCAUCCAAAAGACUAUAAAUUGAAUGGUAGGAUACAGCUUUGUGUCUUAUUCUCUGUAGCACUCCCUGGUGGGGAGGCAAAUGAGAAACAGGCAAACACAUCUAUAACUGCAAAAUGUGGCCACCUACCUUACACAGAGCCGGAACCCUUUCUUGAAAAGCUGAGCAGCCAUGACCUCCGCCGAGGAGAAGACCUAUAAGUUUAUCCGCCACCAUCAUAGUGAUUUCUGGCCUGUUGAUGUUCUGGAGAUUCUUCCUUACCUGCCCUGCCUGACAUCCAGUGACCAGGAUCGACUACGCGCCACCUACACGCGCAUAGGGAACAGGGACACACUGUGGGACCUCUUCAACAUCCUCCAGCGGCGGACGGGCUGGGUGGAGUCCUUCAUCCAGGCACUGAGGCUCUGUGAGCUGUCUGGGCUCGCCGAUGAAGUGAAUCGUGUCUACCAGAGCUCCCGGCCUGGUGGAACUCCACCCCGGGUCCCAGGCCCCGCGGAGGCACCGGAAGUUCCUGUGAAGGUUCCAGAAGCUCGUGCAUCUGGUGCAACCCACAACAUCCCCCACAAUGGCUACCGAGAGGAGCCAAGUUACCCCCGGCCUAUCCAGGAUACCCAGCCACCCAAGUCCCCCAGAGAGAGCUCAGAGCAGGCCCCACAGACACCCAGUUCAGGGGCCAUCCCGAGGAGGCCUAGUGGAUCCUCGGAGCCCUCUUCUAACCUGCCAGGCCUCAGCCCUCUGACCCCCAGCGGGCAUCAGGAGCAGAACCCAGAACUGGGCAAUACCCACGGGGCAGGCCCAGUCUCCAGUCCCACAUCACCCCGAGGGCCUGUGUCUCCAACUGUCUCCUUCCAGCCCCUGGCCCGCUCCACCCCCAGGGCGAGCCGCUUGCCUGGACCUGCAGCUUCAGCCGUGUCUGUCGGCCCCUCCUUCUCCUCCUCCCCCUCUUCCACCAGCUUGUCUUCUGCAGGCGGUGCUGGUAACCAAGCCAGGGCCUCCAUCUGCCCCAGUGAGAUACCCACGGAGGUAUCCACCAACUCUGUUACUACCAGCUCAGUGCCUUCUCCCACCACCCUGAAGCCCGUGAGCACUGUGACCUCCAAGGUGCCUGCCAGCCCAGCACCUGUCAGCACUGUGCCUUCCAAGGUGCCCACCAGCUCCAAGACCCCUGGCGCUAAUGUGCUCUCCAACCCAGCACCAUCCAAACUGCCUGUCAACUCAACACGUGCUGGCAUAAUGCCAUCCAAGGUGCCCGCUAGUGUGGUGUCCACCAAGGCACUGGCCAACACAGUGCCAUCCAUCAGGAGCAGCAGCAGAGACAAGGAGACCCCAGAGGCUCCAGCACCCACAGCCAUUGUUGGAGGCAGCUCACCCUGGCCAAACAGCAACUCUGGGAGCUUACACUCUCCAUCGGAAAUGAGCAAGCCUGGCAAGCUGGAAUCCCGGCUGGACAGCCAGCCAUUCUCCAUCUGUUCUGCAGACCUUGCCAUCAGCCCCAGUAGCUCCCUGGCCUUAGAGCCCAGCCAUGGCCCAGAGGAGAACGAGUACACGUCCUUUGGGAUCCAUGUGGCUGAGGACCCCAGUGCCAACCUCAUGGCUGGCAACCCUGGGCCACACACUGUCUUGCAACCCCAGGAACUGCAGGAGAUCGAAACCAGCUGGUCAUGGCCCUGGGCUUCCUGGCUUGGAGCAGCUGCGGCAAGUGCACUCCUGGCUGUGCUCCUGGCGGUACUGUACCGGCGGCGCCCACUCCAGUGAGGCCUCGGCUUUCUGCACCAUGCAUCUGUGCCUCACUGUGCAUCUGUGUCACAGUGCACUUCUUCCAGGCCGACAGGCUGGGUCAGAAGGGAGCUCAGGGACUGUGGGCUGGCGGGAGGCUAUGCUCUAGCUUCACCGAACCCUGGGGGCAGCCUUUCCGUCCUAGCUUGUGCUGUCUGUUUGCUCUGAAGUUCUGGGAAGGUCCCCAGAGCUUCAGACCUUGCCCACCUGGCAGCAAGUGUCACCCGUGUGCCCCUGAGUUUUCCCUCACCAGGCCUCAUCCCUGUUUGCCUAAGCCUGCAGAUCAGGAGAUACCACGGGAGAGCACUGGGGCCUGGCAGUUCCCUCAUCCUGCCGGCCCCCAAGGCUCAGUUGCAGAUGUGCGGACUGAGGACCCCGAGAGACCCUGCUGCUAUCCACAGCAGCAUAGACUGAGGCUGUGGCAGUGGAGCUGGGGAGCAGCCAGGUGACAGGUCUCCAGGGAGCCAGCUACUUUGGGUCCCUGGCCUCUCUUGUUCCUCUCCACUGCCAGGCAACUCUGGAGGGAGGUCCUAAGGUUCUUGUGGACUUGAACCCAGAGGCAGCUGCCAGGCCCAAAGACCUCCAGAGUCCCUCACCCGCUCCAGCUGCUUCACCCCUGCCUCUAUUUCUCCUGGUCACCAUUCUUUUUGGCUUCCUGUAUGGGUUUAGGUAGGAACACCAAGUAGGCAGAGCUUAGGCCAGGUUUAAACUUCAAGUCCACCCUUUCUGGGCUGUGUGGCAGUGCUGGUCUUGUUUCCCAUGUGGACAGUCUCCAGCUCUUCCUUCACUGGGCUCUUCUGAGAUUGAAGCACGCAGGUGCUUGGCCAGCACCUGGCUCAGAGGCCUGACCACUGAGCACGCCUCCACCUCCCUUCCGGCCCUGCUGGGGCUUGAGAAGCAGUGCACUGUGAGAAGGGUGCAUUCUGCAGCGAGAUGGCUCAGACUGCAUCCUGCUGUGCCUCUCACUAACUCUGUGCUCUCUGGCAAAGUAUUAACCACGUGUGCCUCACUUUUCUCAUCUGUUAAAUGGGGGAGAUAAACUCCUAGUACUGUCAUGGAGAUUAAAUGAAUUUAUCUAUGAGAAUCUUA